UGAAGGCGCUGUGGGGCGCUUGGUUUUGGGGGCCAAAGCGUGCAGAAUAGGGGUCCAGCAGUGAUGUCAUGCUGAGCUUGAGCAAAAGAGUGGUUGAAGACAUGCCGAUGGUUUAUGAGAGUGGUUUAGGUCCUCCGCUCGUGACAGUCCGGAAUGCUGCGCCCUUUCAAUGUCGAAGAAACCAGGAACUCAGAAAUGCCGCCACCACCAGCCCCUGAUAUUCCCGAAAUAGAAUGGGAUGUAUCACUCGCGUGUUUGCGGCUUGAUAGAUGUAGACGGAAAAUCUUCCCCGGCCCAAUGCACCGGGAGGUGGCUCACGAGAUCCCCUUCGUCCCGCAUCCAUCCCUGAGAAGCGGUUCGAGAUUGACCCAGAGCACCCGAGUCCCCGUCCCGGCAUUCCACACCAACCGGUUAUUGUACACGCGAUAUCACAGCUGGGGAUGUCUGGAAUUUAGAGCUCAGCCGUACUUAUUCGAUCGUCGACGACUAAAUUGCUCUUAAGGACAGGAUACUAUCCACCCAAGGUUGCUUAGUUUCGCCCUUCGCUGCUGUCAGUUCUGCCCAGCGCAAUAACCAUAUCGUGAGCCAUUCGAUCUACACUCUCAUCAUGGCACUCAACUUGUUGUCGCUUGUCCCCCUCUUGGGGUAUGCCUUUGCCCUACCACAAUCCCAACCGCCGGCCUCGCCCAACAUCCAAAACCUGGCCAUGUGGGGCACUGGCUGCCCCCUUAAUGCCGCCGGUCUCAUGUCCGGGGUUCGCAAUGGAUCUCCCAUCUUCAGCUUCUCAGAAUGGGGUCUCGUGCUGCCUAACGUGGACGACCCUGAGAGCGAGACCACAGCGUCCAAGUUCUGCACCGAGGAGAUAACGCUGAACAAUGGACCCGUCGGCUUCCAGCUUCGCAUCGAGACGGUGACGGUCGGUGGAUGGGCCGAGCUAGAGGAGGGGACUAAGCUGGUGGUUGAGGCCGAAACCAAGCUAGGCGACGUUGUUGCUGGAGGACAAACAACCAGCGUCACUAGCGCAGACCUCAAGGGCAAUGACUUGGAGGUGUCUUUAGAUAUUCUACCCUUCGUUUACUCUGCCUGCGUUGACGAGAGUGGCACCGUGCCCAAGAUUGUUAUCAAGACCACCGUCAGUCUUGUCGGGGAGAAGCGCGCUGAUGGGACAGUCUCCAAGGGAGUAGUCGGGGGUGCCAAGGCUCUGGGCGUACACUUCAGUCCCGUGUGGCGCCCUUGUGUGAGACCAAUGGCCAAGACGAUAUGA